AUGUCUGAACUUUAUCAACAGGAAGGUUCUAUUAUUAUUGAUGAUGGAUCAUCAUCUUCGGAAUUAAAAAGAAAGAGAACUGAUAAUGAUAGUAAUAAUAACAAUGAUACAAACAAUGAUGAUAAUACUAAUGAUGAUGAUAAUAAUAAUUUAUUAACAAUAUUAUAUAAAUAUAGUAAUAAUGAUGGUAUUGAAUUUAUUAGUUGUAAAACUAAAGGUACUCCAAUAGUUGAAAAUAAUCCAAGACAUUCAAUUUUAUUUUAUGAUUUAACUGUAAAAAAAUAUAAAAAUAGUUAUAAAACAUUAAUUGAACAAGUUAAAACAUUACAAGAAUAUAAUUUUAAAUUAAAUGAAAAUUUUAGAAAUGAAAAUAAUUUAAAACAUGCCUAUGAAUAUAAUCAUUUUAUUACAGAAGGAUGUGUUUUAUAUUUACUUGAUAAGGAAAAUUAUGUUUGUGAUAGAAAUUUUAUAUUUAAAAUUAAACCAAAUGAUAUUGAACAAGUUCAUUGGGAAAAUUUUAAUGAAAAACAUGAAAAAUUAAUUGAUGAAGUUUUAUUGAAAAUUGAAUUGAGAAAUUUAGAUUUGAAUGAAUUUAAUAUUAGAAGAGAAUUAGAUACAAUGGGUGAAAAGGAAUGGUCUAAAUUUUCAACUGAUAUUUUGAAAUAUGUCCAUAAAAAGAAGGGUAUUAAUUUAUUAUUAAAUAGAUGUAAUAAUACUAAUAAUACUAAUAAUAAUACUGAAACUGAUACCAAUACUGAUACUACUACUAGUGCUAAUAAUAAUAAUAAUCAAGAGAAUGAAAGUGAAAAUACAACAAAAAGUAUUUUAGGAGAUUUCACCCCUAGUGCUGCUACUCUUGAACAAACAAAGGAAAGAGUGCACUCUAAAACGAAUUAUCAUGCCCUUCCGGUUAGAGCCUAUCUCGAUCAAACUGUAGUUCCAAUCUUGUUGCAAGGAUUAGCUUGUGUUGUUAGAGAAAGACCAGAAGAUCCAAUACAAUAUUUGGCUUCCUAUCUUUUGAGACAUAAUCCUAACAAGAAGGAAGAUGAUGAAGAUGAUGAAGAAAGAGAAAUUGAAAAGUCUGAUUAA